ACAGAUGUUAGCAGUUCAGCAUUUAUCUACAUUCCUGUGAAAUUUCCAAAAACAGCCUCAAAAGAGAUUAAAUACCACAUCUAAAGUUGACUGUGCUCAGUAUGUGAAGAACCUCUCAGUAUGAAAUACCUUGUGACUAUUGUGUUGAUUGCUAUUACCACUUUUGUUGUGAGUGACGCAGCCUGUUUUUUCAAGAAGGCUGAACAGAAUGAGCCACUAAAGGGAUGUCUCUAUAAGGGUAAAUUAUAUCCGCCUGGCAAAACAUGGAGGACGAGGAGCUGUUUGAAAUGUGGUUGUAGCACAGACGGGUAUAUGAGGUGCUGUCAAACUUAUGGGAUACCAUUUAGCGAUGACAGCAACUGCAAAUUCAAAUUUGACCGGAAGGCCUGUGAAUAUGUCCUAAUACCAAAUGAGGACCCAGAAAAGCGAUGCACUGGAUAUGGCAUGGUGGGCUAAAUGCAUUAUGCUGGAACCAUCAACAAUAUUAUCUCUUUCAAGAUUAGAAUUUUAGAAUUAUUGCACACAGUAGCAUGGAAAAUAAAUAAAUAAAUACAAAUUUUAAGAAAGGAUUUAAAAAGA